UGAAAAAUGAAGAGAGCAUUUUUGGAGCACUUGCAGUCAUUACUGGGGCCUGGUUUUAUGUGUCUCACACCCUAUGAGGCUUCCUUCACCAGGGUACUUACUCCUCAGGGUGCUCACGGAAGAGGAGGAACUUCUCUCACUCUCAUUCCGUCUCUCUGCUCUGCCUUCUCUGAAGCACACCUGGGUGCUGCCUGGAGCCCAGGUCUGGCUCCAAACCUAUGAAUAUUUGCCAAGUAUAAAAGCUUCUCAAGAAUGAGAUGGAUCCUGGGGCAUCCUCCCCAGAGAAACAGGAUAAAGAGAAUUUAGUGGGGGAUGUUUAUGUGCUGUUGGCAUGUGCCCUAGUCACCUAGACCCAGAAGUGAGAGAGCACAGCACUGCCACCUGAAAAGCUCAACUACGGAUGAAGAAAUGGAGGCUCAGAAAGGUCGAGUGGCUUUCCUGAGGCCACCACACUGGUAAGUUAAAGCCUCUCAUAGAACCUCAAACGUAAGCACUCUGGAAGAUGUUUUUCCUUGUGCUCUGUUGACUUGUUUGGGGAUAAGAGUACCUACCUAUCUGCCCCAGAGGUUGCCUAGACAUCCCCUGGAGAAUUCUGGGGGCCCAGAAAUCUGUCUUUUAAAAUGACACCCGGAUGAUCCUGAGGCGGGUAGUUUUAUGCAUUUUGAGAAUAAUAGACCAUGGCAGCCCUAAGUAAAUGUAACGGUGAUUACUGUUAUUGAUUGCUAUGAGACUUUUCUUGGAAGGGACAGGUCACUUUUCAUCUAAAAACCUGAAGGAACAUUUUCCAUGUGUGUGUGUGUGUGUUUGCGUGCAUGCGUGUGUGUGGUGUUUCCUGCAAUCGUGCGUGUGUGUGGAUUCAGGUCACUUCCUCAGCCCCAUUCUGGCUUGGCCAGCCCUCUGGACGGUUUCCUCACCCACGCAGCUGAAUCGCUUUCCUAAGAACCAUGUCAGCUACAGAACUGCCUCCUCAUCUCCUAGGCAUCAAGAGUAAAGGGCUUGGUGUAUGUGGCUGGAUCCUGUUUUUGUUUUCUUUCCUGUCGAUGGUCAUUACCUUCCCUAUCUCCAUAUGGAUGUGCUUGAAGAUUAUUAAGGAGUACGAACGCGCUGUUGUAUUCCGACCGGGACGCAUCCAAGCUGACAAAGCCAAAGGGCCAGGUUUGAUCCUGGUCCUGCCUUGCAUAGACGUGUUUGUCAAAGUUGAUCUCCGGACCGUUACGUGCAACAUCCCUCCACGGGAGAUCCUCACCAGAGACUCUGUGACCACUCAAGUGGAUGGAGUGGUCUAUUACAGAAUCUACAGUGCCGUCUCGGCAGUGGCUAAUGUCAGCGAUGUCCAGCAGGCCACAUUUCUGCUGGCUCAGACCACUCUGAGAAAUGUCUUAGGGACACAGACCUUGUCCCAGAUCUUAGCUGGCCGAGAAGAGAUGGCCCAUAGCAUCCAGACUUUACUUGAUGACGCCACCAAGCUGCGGGGGAUCCAGGUGGCCCAAGUGGAAAUCAAAGACGGCCGGAUUCCCGGGCAGUUGCAGAGGUCCAUGGCUGCUGAGGCCGAGGCCACCCGGGAGGCCAGGGCCAGGGUCCUUGCAGCAGAAGGAGAAAUGAAUGCUUCUAAAGCCCUGAAGUCAGCCUCCAUGGUGCUGGCUGAGUCCCCCAUCGCCCUCCAGCUGCGUUACCUGCAGACCUUAACCACUGUCACCACAGACAAGAAUUCCACCAUUGUUUCCUCUGCCCAUGAAUGUACUAGAGGGCAUUGGUGGCAUCAGCUACAAUAA